CGCAUAGGAUGUACCAUGUAUGGGCUUUGGGCGUGAAAAUUUAGUCGUCAGGUGACAUACUUCCUCCAACGGUCGCACACACAUCGGUAGAAGGGCUAUUUCCCCGGCAGCAAGCAGUUUCUUGUAGUUCGGUUUGCUUUACUUAAUUCUACAACGCCUAGUUUCGCAUCAACGUCGCAUUAUGGCUGUUUCGGGACCCAACCUGCUUCGUGCUGGAGCACCAUGGCUUGCUAGGCAAGCGCAGCAGUUAGCUAGCGGCCUGGCAGUGGCGACAUCCUUGGAGUCCCAGAGGUUAGGACUUGCGUUGGCGGGCUUCACCACGACAAGCGCAGCAGCCCAUGCACCUGCGGAACCAGCCACAGCAGCCCAAGCAGCGGCCUCGACCUCAGCCCAGCAGGCGCCCGCUGCGGCCGUUGAGGCGCUUCGACGGAAACUUGCGCACGGUCCCGACUUCUCCGACUUCGUGACGGGUCAGGAGGUGGUGGAGAAGUACAGCGUGGAGGCACCCAGCUGGACGGCGAAGAAGCGCAAGCCUGACUGGAUGAAGCGCAACAAGCUGCCCGGGGGUGACAAGUACACGGACAUCAAGGCCAAGCUGCGCGAGCUGAAGCUGUCCACGGUGUGCGAGGAGGCGCGCUGCCCCAACCUGGGCGAGUGCUGGGGCGGCGGGGACGGUCACACCGCCACCGCCACCAUCAUGCUGAUGGGGGACACCUGCACGCGGGGCUGCAGGUUUUGCGCCGUGAAGACCUCCAAGGCACCUCCCCCGCUGGACCCCCAGGAGCCGGACAACGUGGCCCGGGCGGUGGCGGCCUGGGGGCUGGACUACGUGGUGCUCACCAGUGUGGACCGCGACGACAUGCCCGACGGCGGCUCCGCGCACAUCGCGCGCACCAUCCGGCUGCUCAAGGAGGCGACCCGCGGGUCGCUGCUGGUGGAGGCGCUGGUGCCCGACUUCCAGGGCAACAUGGACUGCGUCAAGACCAUCGUGGACAGCGGACUGGACGUGUACGCGCACAACGUGGAAACCGUGGAGCGGCUGCAGAGUGUUGUUCGCGACCGGCGAGCGGGCUGGACGCAGAGUUUGAACACGCUGCAGCGAGCCAAGGAGAUGGGGGCCAAGGUGACGAAGAGCAGCAUCAUGCUGGGGUGCGGGGAGACGCAAGAAGAGGUGGUGGCCACCCUGGCUGCGCUCAGGUCGCACGGUGUGGACGUGGUGACGCUGGGCCAGUACAUGCGCCCCACCAAGAAGCACAUGGCGGUGUCGGAGUUCGUGACGCCCGAGGCCUUCAAGGCGUACGAGCAGAUCGCGCAGGACAUGGGCUUCCUCUACGUGGCCAGCGGACCCAUGGUUCGCAGCUCAUACCGCGCGGGGGAGCUGUACAUCACCAACGUUCUCAGGGGACGACAGCAGCAGCAGCAAGGGGGGCAAGAGGAGCAGCAGCCGCAGCAGCGAGUGGAGGGGCAACAGGCGCAGUAGUAGGGGCGGUGCGACUCAUAGGAGCGUCUAGGAGCUGGUUUUCGAGCGAAGCAGCAGCAAAACAGGCAGCAGCGCAGGACUGGGCGCUCUGAGUGCCCUGGAAGGGCAAACGUGGCCCCCAGUGAUAGCUACUGGGCUCUCAUCCUCUUGAGGCUCUUUGAGGUCUUUCUGCCCCCCUCAGCUGCCCCCCAUUGUGCAGCGACUGCUUCGGUAUGUGCGGUGGUGACGCGAAGCCCCCUUGCAGCGCAUGAAGCCCGCGUGCCAGGUGGAUAGUUGCAGGGCAGCUGCUGCCUCGCACCCUCCCGCAAGGAGGCAGUGGCAGUCGAGGGCGGAGUCACGUCAUGCUGCUGCUGCGACCGCUUUAGGGGGAGUUGCUGGAGACACGCAGGGGCUCACAGCGGUGGUGAGCUGCGGCAUACCACUGCGGGUGGGUCUUGAGCGGGGAGGGGGCUUGAGGGGGUGGCUUUGGGUGCGUUGCCACGGAGCGAUUGGAGGUGUGAGGCGUACAGCGCCUUCUUCAUAGUUGCAUCUUGCGUGGGGUGGACGAGGCAACCAUGUGCCGUGUGUGAGGAGCGCUGGCCGGGCGCGCAUGCACGAGUUGUGUAGUGUGGAGGCGGUUAACGGAUGAGGUGAUGCAGUGCUGCAUGUGGCCCCGGCCCCGGGGGGGUUGUUGGGGUUGAGGCGGGAUGUUUAGUGUUCGCAUAGGCCAACUACUACCAUUUACUGUGUGUGUUUAAGUGCAAGGCGCAAUGGAUAAGGACACCGCCGGAUAGGGUGGUGGGGUUGGAUGCAUGGGGAGGCUCCGGCGGCUUUGCUCGCUUGGGUGCACGACUUAGGCUUGGGUGGUAGCGUUAUCGUGCCGACGGUGAGAGUGCUGGUUGAUUGUGGCACUGGUUUUGAUGUCAUGUACAGGCAUAGCAUAUGGGUAUGUUGGAAACGGCGUUUUAUUGCUUUUUGUGGUUUGGGCAUAAAUCAUCUUUUGGAUGGAGUGAGCGCUGUGGGCUAUUUAGUUGACGGCAGAGGUUGCAUUGGUGUAAUGCUGGCUUACCGUAUUUCACAUGUGUGGACAGUUACAGCUUACAGGAACCCCUAACGACUCUGACAGGACUUCGACGCUGUGUCAUGUUGUGCCGUGGUAUGGGCUCUACGGCCCAAGUGCCUUCUCUCCUCCCCCUGCAGACGAUCUUUUCAUAUGGGCCGGUUCCUUGGUCGGCGCACAUGUCGUGGUCCUCAUGUGGUGGCCCCCGUGUGGUGAAGAUAACAGACAUCGCUGUGGUCGAUGCUGCCCAUAUGGUCAUAAGGGGGUGUACGGUGUACGUAGGAGGAAUAGUAAGUGAAAGCCCUCGGGCUCCUGUAUGCCUGCUGGGAUGAGGCUCUGUGUGAUUCGGUUUGCAGCAGACGUCCCGCAAAUUCCGUUUGCCUCCGCUCGUCAGUGUAAAGCGAC